GGCUGACUGGCGUUCCACUGAGGCGGUGGAUACUGUCCCUGUCGACUAGGGCCGCUGUAGUCGUGGGGAUUGGACAUUGGAGACGAGGGAGGCGAGAGGCUGCCUGAGAAACGGGAGAGACGGACUGGGGAUUAAAAGGAAGGGAGAUGCAGGAUGAUGUAUGAGCGUCGGGACUCCCGUCGUUGGCGUCGUUGGGCUCAAAGCACAGAGCACGGUGUUGGGGGGAGUGUCAGAAUCAAGUCGUAACGAAAGCGUUUGCUGCGUAUGUAACGGUAUGUACGUAUGUAACGCUGUAAGGCGCCGUAAGCCGUAUGGCGGAAGGUGGACGGAGACGGUGAAUCGCCCGCUGGAAGAGCGAAUGGAGGUGAGUGAGAUGAAUAAUAACACAGGAGCUAAUAAGAGGCGAGGAUGCGCAGUUCAAGUUCAGAAAAGAGGCCAAAUCACAGUGCUUGUCCGUCGGGUGAUGUGCAGGGCUAGCAUAGCCUCGUGGUCACCUGAAGCCCAACGGGGAAACAGACGCGAAGAGAAAAUGCAGCGAGAGAAAAAUGGGAAAGGGCUGAAGAAUGGCUUAAACCCAAGAGGGAGGAUGAGGCUAGAGGAUGGAAGGGAAAAGAACAGGGACAGUGACAGGGGUGCGAAGAGGCGGUGGAGGAGAUGGGUGAUAUAAAGGGAGGAAAAGGGAGAGCCCAGAAAUGCAGAAAAGAACAAAAAAAGGGAAAAAAAGGGAAAAAAAAAGGGAAAAGAGCCUCGGGCUUCUGCUUAUAAUGUUGACAGUUUAUAAGUGCGAGAGAAGUGUGAUAGAGCAAGCGGAUGGCAAGAUUAAAAUAGAGGAGGGAUACAAAAAGGAAAUGAAAAAAAAAGAAUUUAAAAAAUAAGA